AGAAUCUUCAAAACGGAAAUUCCUUAACAGUUUCGUUUUAGACAGUCAACCUUGUUGAAUAAAAUUCUCAAGUGCGGCAAAAAUAUACAUGUUACUCCAGUGAGAAACCAGGGAUAAAUCACAUUGGAAUAGAACUUCAAUACUUUGGAUAGGAGUUUGAGAUUUUACUGUCGGUAUGGACAGCCUCAAAAAAACAUUCCACGAUGCAAAGGACAAGGCAGAAGACCUUCAGGGAAAAUGCAAGGAGAAGGGAAAGGUCUUUGCAAGCGAAUUACAGGAAAAAAUUGUAGGCAGCCAGGUGGCAAAUAAGGAUGUGUCCAUUAGGAAAAUUAUGGACAAAAUGAAGGAUCGUCUACAUAAAGAAAAUCCAAGAAAAGUUUCAACUGGUCAAGAUUUCCGACAACUCUUGGAUAAUUCUAAUCCACAUGUGCAUACCGAGAUCUUAGGGAAAUAUGGAAUGGGAAAACGGGUAGGCCGCAUACAAUUUACUGGAAGUGAUGCAGUUAGAGCAGUUGGAACAGGAUUUAUAGUUGGCAGCAAGUACGUCAUGACAGCCUACCAUGUCAUGAAGGACAAUCUGAAGAUGCUUUGGGAAACCGUGAAUGAAUUGUCUAAGGAAGAAAAAGAAGAAAUAGGAUGGACAACAGACGAUGUGCCAGAGACUAGUUGGAAUAUAUCAAGCCUCUUCUCAACAGAUCCCAAAAGCAAAGGCAAAAUCAUGGAACUGGUGAAUUUAGUAACUGGGCUAUAUGAAAUCAAAUUUGAAUUUUUAAAGGAAGUAGAUGUAGGAAGAAUUGUCAAAUUCAAACCUGAUAUAGCGUUUGCAUCUCCAGAAUAUGAUGUGUUAGUCUUAGAGCUUGAAGACCACAAGUUUGAGUUGAAAUGUCUUGGUCUAGUGGAAGAUAAUGCUUGUAACGAAAAGCUCCAUGUGUUUGGUCACCCAAGUGGAAAACCGCUUCAACAUGACCCUGCAUGUACAAUCCUUAAGGAGGAUACAGAUCUUUCUGAAUUAAAAAAAGAAGGAAUUGCUUUCUUUAAAAAAGAAUGUAAAAGUUUGGAAGAAAAGGAUAUAGAGGAAUCUUAUUCCCCGUGUGUUAUCUCUAAAGACAAAAUUUUAUUUCAUAGCUCCUGUAGCACAGCUCAUGGUGCGUCCGGUGCCCCACUCAUUAUCGUAUGUAAUGGAAGCCCAAAAGUGUACGGGAUGCUUCUAUGUGGACACCCCGGUGUAUUUUAUAAUUAUUUUAAUGGACGCUUGAAACGUCUUGAUCUGCUGGUCGAGUCUGGAAUCUCCAUGAAAAAAGUCAGGUCUUUACUUAAAUCCUUUACACCAAAACUGGAACAGGAUUUGUUCCGCGAUGUGUGAUAUUUGAUUUUUUUUCUCUUGUUUCUUGAUAUGUCAGGACGAAGAGGUUGUUGGGAUUUUU